AUGGUUUCCACGCUCCUUCCAUUGGUUGUCCUUGCGACUCCAGCCGUUUCUACCAUUUUGUCAAAUGGAACAUACCCAGCUUCAGCACUUGAUGAUCAAUUGUCAUGCACCACCUCAUUUGCUUCAAUGGCACCAUACAACAUUCUUACAUCCUCCAAGACAGAGACUUCAACCAGGAUUGAUACAAGUAUAGUCACCUAUACUCCCUCCAUGUCCUUGACCCUGCAAGCAAGUACUCUUACUGUUGGAGAAUUCGCCACCACCACCGAAACAACUAUCGUUCCUCAAGUUACCGACACAUUUUACAGUACAUCAACUUGUCUCGCUACAACCUCUAUCACCAGUGCUAUUGUUGAGACAGAGACUAAUACUGCUACAACCACAAUCAGUGCAAGUCCAGAAACUGUUUACAUCGCAGCUCCAUAUGGCUUUACACCCAUCGCUUCGGCUGUUCCUGGUGUAGCCAAGCGUAGUGAAUGUGGACCGGCCCAGCCUUCCCAGGAACCACUCACCGUUACAAUGACAGUAACAUCUACCCUCGUUUAUUCAAACGAUGUGUACUAUACUGUAACAAAGUCAGGCGAGUGGAACCACCAAUGGCCAAACACCUUGCAGUCUCUCACAAAAACUACCACCGAGUCUCAAUCUGCUUCAGAAGCUGAGGUCCCAAGUACAGGAGUGGCUGGAUUAGCUCCAUCUGAGUCUGCUCCAUCUGAAUCUUGGUCUAGAUAUCAUUACCAUAACUCCCCAUCUCGCCAAAUUGCUGCCUCCGGAUAUGCACCAUCGAUCAGUGAGCAUAUGAGCACAGCUAUCAGUAGCGACAUCAAACCACUUGAAGACCCAAGUCCUUCCAUGUACGCACCAACUGGCGUCAUUCCCCCUGGUGGAGCCAGCGUCACCCCCGUAAGCGCAAACUCAACCAUCAGCUCUGCCCCCGCACCUAGCUUCGCUCACAGCACAUCCUACCCAGCAGCGGUUGACUGUACAUCCACCUUAAACAUUGGAUCUAUCACCACAAUCACCGAAACAGCAGCAAUGGUUACCAAUCUUGCAACUCCAUACAUCACAGAGACUUCAACCUCCACUAUAACAACAACAACAAGUGUUAUGGAAGAGGAUUGUUCCGCCACCCUCGUCGCUACCGAAUAUUCAACCAUCUCAAGUAUCAUCUUAGCCACUUCCACAACAACCCUCACAGCCACCCAAACCGUCAGUGAAGUUUCCGGCGCAACUCCUACCACCUACGGCGCUUGUGCCGCUAACAACAUGAUCUCCUCCGUCAACGGAGCACCCGUUACACAAGUGCAAUUCCUGACGAAUGUCCUCUCUUCAUUGAAGACAAACUCGGCGUAUGAUUGUUGCGUAGCAUGUCAGACCGCUGCAGGCGGUUGCGCUGGUUCCGUCUAUCUGAAGAGUGGCGCUUGUUAUUUGGCUGCACCAGGCGCAACCUGUGGGGUUAACAGCAUCAUCACGAAUAAAUUUCAUACUUCGCCAUCGGCAAGUACUGCUGGUGCCUUUACGGUUUCGAAUGGAAUGUGUGGACAGAUGAGCUAUAGUGCGUAUUGA